AUGCAGUCAAUUUUGAUCAAUGUCAUCGUAACAUUGCUUGUUGGCUUUUCAUUUGGAAUCGAUACAAAUGAUGAUAUUCCAGAUGAACUAGAACUUAUAUUUGUGCAUACAAUUUGGAGACAUGGUGACCGCAGUCAAGAAGGACAUUUGAAUAAUGAUCCAGUGGAUCCAACGAAAUGGAUUGAAGGAGGAGGUGGUUAUGGGCAGUUAACUCCGAGAGGAAUGGAACAGCAAUAUAAAUUAGGAAAGAAAUUGAGAGAUCGAUAUGUUUCAACGGGGUUUCUUCACAACUUCUACGAUUCUCAACAGGUUUAUAUUCGAUCAACUGAUGUAAAUCGAACAAUCAAUUCUGCAAUAUCCAACAUGUUAGGAAUGUUUUCCUCUUCGUCACAAAGACCAGGCGUCGAUUAUCCAGAUAUUGAAGGAUGGCCACGUGGUUUUAUGCCAGUACCAAUUCACAGUUCUGGACCUGCGAGCCAAGAUUGUGUUGCCAGUGCAUUCUGUAGUUGCAAACGAAGGAAUGCUCUGUUGGAAAUUGCUCAUAAAGGGGAGCAAUUUCAAAACUUUAUUAACAGCGAGAAAUAUAUCAACAUCACUUCUCAAGUCUCAGAACUUUUCAAUACUACAUUCACAUUUGAUAAUUUAUGGCAAGUACAUGAUGCUAUUAUGAUUCAGUUAAUACAUUUUCGUGAAAUAGUGUACAAUCAAACGUGGUAUUCUGAUGAGUUCUUUGAAAAUCUGGACGAUUUGGAGAGACCAUCGAAAGCGUUCGUUUCUGGUCUCUAUGAUCCUCCAAUUGUGGAUGGUAUUAAUGUUAGAAAAGAGAUUCUGAAAACACGUGGUGGACCCCUCAUCAAUGAUAUCUCAGAUAGAAUGAGAACGAUAUCACAAUGUAAACAAGUUGCGGAGAAAUGCGAUGUCUAUCAUAAAAACCUGAAAUACUAUGCAUUUUCUACGCAUGAUCACACAGUAUUUGCCCUUCUCGCAGUUCUCGGGUUAGAAACAGUGGUUGCAGGUGAAGAACGGUAUGGAGAAUGGCCAGAUUACGCAUCCGACAUACUUGUGGAACUAUUUCAGAAUGAUACAAAUCGAUCAUUCUACUUCCGUGUACUCUACCAGAGGAACACAUUCUCAAAAUUCGAAGUAGUCACACCUCUCAUACAAGGUUGCAAGAGUCGACAAUUUUGUGAUAUUCAAGUGUUCGAAGAUCGGGCAAAGGAGUUCAGACCAGACCGGCCAAUGAAGGAGUUUUGCGAGAUACUACCAAGAGAAGACAAUAGAGUUAGUCGAUGGAUCAAGAAUGUCUUUCAAAGCCCAGAUCAAUCAACUUCCAAUAAUUAUAAAUGCGUCCUCUCCGUCGUUGAUGUGGAAGUAUCUGACCUCGUAGGUGUUCUUGUUGAUAGCAACCACACGGAGCCAGUCACGGAGGGAGUUUCUCUUGAGGUACUUCUUGCCUAUCAAAUUCACAAACCUCUUCGAGAAUGGAAUCUCCGAGAUGACGGAAACUUUGGAUUUUCCGGCCUCAACCUUGACGCUGUUGGCGGCCAAAUGUCCGGUCUUACCGUUGACCUUGAUCUUCUCGUUGAAGAAAGCUUCCUGAAAAGAACCAGGACUUACUAG